AAAUAUUGUCUGUAUUUUUCCAAAAUGUGUUUUUCCCCCUUUUUUUCUUUCCAAUAUGUGUGACUGCUGUCAUUAUUGUUGACAAAAUCAGAUGCACCCCUGUCAUGUGACGAGAGUCAAUGUUCGACUCCUUGUGGCUUCAGGAAGUAGUUGUGUUGAGGGUUUCGGUUUCAGCUGUUUUUGUUCCUAAACAAAGUGCGAGUCACUGUGCUGAGGCCGGUGAGAGAAAGAGUUGGAGAAGAGAGUUUUCAGCCGCGACAGAAAGCGUCCCCCUUCCAGAUUCACUAUCGAAAUAUUCAAUAAGGUGACACGGGAUGGGCCCGGGCUAGAAAAUUCUAGAUACCGCCGGUGUGCUGAGCUCCAGUUUCGGACAGGGACGGACAGCGGCCCGCUGCCCGCUGCCUAAUUGCGGAGCCUCGGGCUGGAGUGUCUUGUCUCGCCGGCUACCGGUCGCAGGAGGAAUCAGAAAAAAAACAAAACACAUGAGCAACACCGUCUGCCCCUAAACUCUGCCCUUUGUUUUGUUUGGGAGAGUUCUGCCAUCUAAAGUCGCCAAAAUAGCUGGGCCAGGUAGAAAGCGCCAUACCCCUGAACCAGACACCGCCAGUGAAGCCAGUGGGCAGUCCGCGAUCAGCAAGUGGCUCAAGAUGGCCAGCACCACUGAGGCCGCUGGCUGCCGGAGACCGUCUCGUGGGCCAGAGGACAGCACCAGCAAGAAGAAGCAGAAGGACAAGGCCAACCAGGAGAGCAAGGAGGCUAAGCGGGCCAGCAGCUUAGAAACAAAAAAAGAGCUGUCAUGCUCUCAAGAGUCACUUGAUGAAACAAAUUUUGAUGAUGUGUUCUAUGACUGGAAGCAGAAUGCCAAUGAGGUCAUUGUGAAGCUGAAGCCAGGAGAGGGAGUUAUGAAGGUGGAGGAUGUGGAUGCAGGGUUCUCUGAUACAGCCUGUCAGGUCAAGUUCCCAGAUGGACGCCUGUGGAGCUGUCAUCUCCAUGCUGAGAUUGAGAGUUCAUGUAGUAAGGUGCAGUACAAGGAGAAAGGCAGCUUCCUGCAGUUAGUCAUGCAGAAGAAGAUCCCUUUCAAUGCCUGGCCGUCUCUGAUGCGGAGCAAGAAGAAUAAAGAUCCAGUUCAGAUCCAGACAGAGAGUGGUAAACAGCUUCCCCCAAAGGUAGAGAAACUGGAUGCGGAAAUGGGAAAGGCUCCUGUGGAGUCAAUGGAACAGAAACGUGCAAAAGUAGAGCGGGGAUUGAAACGUGCAAUAAAGGCAAAACCUUCCGAAAAGAGCGAUCUGGGGGCAAAGAUGCCAGAGGCAGCAAAGCCCACCGAGAAGACGGAGCCACCGGCUGAACCCAGUGCUAAACGGACAUUCUGCACCGUAAAAACUGCUAAAGACCCGGGGCUUAGUUCUGGAAGGGACUCCCCUGCCAAGGGAUCUGAAAAAUCCCAAACUGAGACCAGCUCGGAAGCUGCGUGUCCCCUUAGCUGCAAUGGCAGGAGCAGGCACAAAAGGAGUGACCGGGGACCUCCGGCAGCUCUGCUGCAGGAGAGGAGGGCAGACAGCCAGCACAUGGGGAAGUCUCAGGCGGUGGUGCUAGAAGAAAGGAGAGGCCAGUCUGUGGUCACUGAAAUCGGCUCGGACGUUCUGGGGCCUCCUUCAGGUGGAACUCUAAAUCCUCCCACAGUACCCUGCUCCAGUGGGGACAGUGAGAAGUCAGAUUCCUUGGACGGGACUGUUGAGCCAGCAGUGCAAGUGGACAGAGAGACAGCCAUGAUCCCCGAGGUAGAGAAAAGGGUCCCUGAGUUAGGAAUGGUUGGGCUUGAUCAUGUGGGCGCUGGGGAGCCUGCCUCAAUCGCCUUGACUGAGGAGGCAGGUGCCUCUGGAACGAGCACUGAGGAAAAGAGAGACAGGUGCAAGGAGGAGACCUUGGAAAACCAGGCAGAAGUCUUGGAGCCCAUGGUGAAUCUGACAUUUGUGAAGAAUGACUCGUAUGAGAAAGGGAAUGACUUCAUGGUAGUUAAUGUCUACCUGAAAGGGAUCCAUAGGGAAACAGUGAAGGUACUUUUCCGGGAGCAGGAUUUCACUCUCAUCUUCCAGACAAGUGACCCAAGUUUUUUGCGGCUACAACCGGGCUGUGGACCAAACACUGUCUUUAAAUGGCAGGUAAAACUCAGGAAUCUUAUCCACCCCGACCAGUGCACUUAUGCUUUCACCCCAUCCCGGAUUGACAUUACCCUGAAGAAGAGACACAGUCAACGCUGGGGAGGCCUGGAGGCACCUGCAACACAAGUGGGUGGUGCCAAGGUUGCUGUGCCCACUGGGCCUGCCUCACUUGAUAAGAGCCAGCCAGGGAGUAGCCAGCACGCGCUGCCAAGCAAAGAAGAGCCCAGGACUGCAGAGAAGGAUAAAACCCGUGCAGAGGACAGUGCCUUGGAUACUGUAGGAGACCGAACUGUACCUGAACAUGUUCCCAUAAAGCAAGAGCCCCUGGUUACUUCACCCAAACCAACCUGCAUGGUGCCACCAAUGACUCAUGCAUCUGCUGGCAGUGAGCACACCGCUGAGGAAGAGGAGAAGAAGGUUUGUCUGCCUGGUUUCACAGGACUGGUCAACCUGGGCAACACCUGCUUCAUGAACAGUGUCAUCCAGUCCCUCUCCAACACCAGAGAACUACGGGACUACUUUCAUGACCGAGCUUUUGAGACAGAAAUAAACUGCAGCAACCCCCUAGGGACCGGAGGACGUCUCGCAAUAGGGUUUGCGGUGCUACUGCGAGCAUUAUGGAAAGGGACCCACCAUGCGUUCCAGCCCUCCAAACUCAAGGCGAUUGUGGCAAGCAAGGCCAGCCAGUUCACAGGAUACGCACAGCAUGAUGCGCAGGAGUUCAUGGCGUUCUUAUUGGAUGGCCUCCAUGAAGACCUGAACAGGAUCCAGAACAAACCCUACACUGAGACUGUGGAUUCAGAUGGGAGGCAGGAUGAGGUUGUGGCAGAGGAGGCUUGGCAGCGACACAAGAUGAGGAAUGAUUCCUUCAUUGUGGACCUUUUCCAGGGACAGUACAAAUCCAAACUGGUCUGCCCUGUCUGCUCAAAGGUUUCUAUAACUUUUGACCCCUUCCUGUACCUCCCAGUUCCAUUGCCUCAAAAACAGAAGGUCCUCACUGUUUUUUAUUUUGGGAAGGAACCUCAUAAAAAGCCUGUUAAGUUUCUUGUGAGUGUUAGUAAGGAGAAUUCCAGCACAGCCGAAGUUCUGGAGUCCAUUUCCAGAAGUGUGCGCGUCAAACCUGAGAACCUGCGGCUGGCUGAGGUCAUCAAGAGCCGAUUUCACAGAAUCUUCCUGCCCUCGCACUCUCUAGAUGCUGUGUCCCCUUCAGACACACUCUUUUGCUUUGAGGUGCUGUCUAAGGAGCUGGCUAAGGAGAAAGUGCUUGUUUUGCAGGUCCAGCAGAGACCGCUUGUCCCCAGUAUCCCUAUCGCUAAGUGCGCUGCCUGCCAGAAGCCUCCCCAGUCUCAGGAAGAGAAGGUGAAGCGCUGCACUCGCUGCUACCGGGUGGGGUACUGCAACCACUUUCACGUACAAACGCAGGCAGGAUUUGCAUCUCUGAUUUUUACAAUUAAAAUUAAUAAUGAGAACAUCCGGUUCAAACACCCCAUAAAAACGUGCUUCUUAUCCUCUAGGUACUCUGUCAGCGUGUUCCAGCCCCCCUUCCAGACAGGCAGAAUGUCCCCAGAGGUCAGCCAGUGCCGAGCAGAUUUGCCUCCUGAGACGCUUGACAGCAGCUGUCAGGAAAGUGUCCUAGCUCAAGAGGCAGAAAAAGAGGGGCCCAGCCUGUCCUCUGAGCCCCACACCAACUCCGAGCAGCCCCCGGGGAACUCCGUUGAGGAGCCAGACUCAAUGACCUCUUUGACCACUGACUCGGGUUUCUCCGCGCCAGUACCUGAAACCCAGGAUUCUGUCUUGGAGAAGGAGACUUCCUGCGAGAAGACUGUGAAACCUGAGGCUGCAGUGACAGGCUACCAGCAGCCUCCAGAGUCGCAAGCCCACUCGGCAUCUCAGUUCUACAUCUCCCUUAUCGAUUCUGCGAACAAGGAGCAGAGGCUGGAGGACAAAGGAGAUGCGGUGCUGGAGAUUGCAGAGGACUGUUCCCUGGUCCUGGUGUGGAAGAACAAUGAGCGACAGAAGGAGUAUGUCCUGAUCAAGUCCAAGGAGCUAGAGUUUGUGGAGGACCCAGGCUCGGCUAGUGAGGCAGCCAGGGCCGGGCAUUUCACCCUGGAGCAGUGCCUCAACCUCUUCACGAAACCGGAGGUGCUGGCGCCCGAAGAGGCCUGGUAUUGUCCCAAAUGCAAGCAGCACAGAGAGGCGUCCAAGCAGCUGAUGCUGUGGCGCCUACCGAACGUGCUCAUCAUCCAGCUCAAACUUCAGAGACAGAAGAAACUUGAGACACACCUUCCAGAACCUGACACGGGUUUCCAAAAAUCGCAGGCAUCUCUAAUAUGGCAUGAGCUGGAGGAGGAAGAGGAAGGGCAAGAAGACUCCAUUGCAUCUACAGGUGGAAGGCUGCGAGGAAGAGAGGAGGCCAGGAGGGGCUGGGGGGAGCUGGACGAGCUCUCCGAUUACUCAGAUGAAAACUUUGUCAAAUAUUUUGUGCUGGGCACCCUGGCUGCAGUGCUGGCCUUAGUGCUGAACGUGGUUUAUCCACUCAUCUCUAAGAGUCAUUGGAGCUAGACAAAGUAAAGCAGAAGAAGUCAGUAGAGUCAACCAAGAGCCUGGGCAAACUAACCUUUUCCAUCUAGAUCAUGUUCAGUAUUGAACAUGCAUAGAAAAUCAGGUGCUGAUCUUUCAUGAAAAGCCAUAUUUAAACUUUUUUGUGUGUUUUUAGAAAGAGGUUUUAUGAAAGUAUGUUUCUGAACUCUGAAAGACUGACAGUCUGGGGAUGGUAGGUUUGAAUUCAUGCUUUGGUACAUACUGCCAUUGAGGUACAGACACCAAGUGGCAAGGCAUGACUUCAAGGUAUGUGCAUUGCCAGGAUCUGGGGAUGACAAGAACUACUUGGCCUCUCAAAUAAUUAUAGUACCUAGGUGUCUUCCAUGCGAGCUGUUUUUCUGUCCUCCACUCCAGACACUUAAAUCUCAGGUGUGUCUGUUCAGGUUUCACAAUAUGAAACACAGCAGCUAGCAUAAUCGCAAAUGCCUCUGAUUCACCAAAGACUGUGGCCUGAUUUCCAUAAAGAACAUUAUCUGGAAUAGCAAUGAAAUGAGUCUGUAUUUUCAAGCAUAAACGGUAGGCUUUCUUAAAUUAAUUGAGAACUUCAGUUCUUUUAGGGCUUUUAAUUGUUUUUAGUUUUGUAGUUGGAUUUCCUAGAGACUAUACAGUAUGUCCAUUUUGAUUUGUUUAAUUAGUUUUAUUUAAUUUAAUAACUGAUUUCCAAGGGACCAUAAAUAACAGUUAAUUGCAGUAAUGACAGUUGUAAAACUAUAAUCACAGUUUUCAUCGUAUUAUGACGAUCAUUUUAGAUGACUUUGUUGUUGUGAUGCCUUUUCACAGUAAAGUCUGCCAGAGAGAGGCAUUUAACUCAGGUGUAUCUUUUGUACAAGGAGUGUUUUGUAUAUACUGUAUAGUUCCAUAUGUCCUUAUGAGUUAGGGAAGAUAAAAGUUAAUAUUAAUGUACAAUAUGGUGAUUAGCACCUCUGUAAACCCAGAGUGGAAUGUCCCUCAAGAGUUCCUUUAUCCUAUCUCCUUUCACAAACCUCAGACUGAACUCACAAGACAGGAACACUCAGUCCUGUUCAGGGUUUUCAUCAAGCCUGAAAUACUGUUUAAAAAAGCUUUUGCUUUAAAUGUUUGAGAAAUUGAGAGUUUAUAUCUCUCCAUAUACUUUUCCUUGGUAGAACUACAGUAUACUACUGAGAUAACUGAACUGAGAUAAAGGGACCCUUGCAAUUUAACACCUGCCCAGUUGUGGCUGCUUUUCAAUAAGAUAUUUUACAUGUAUUUUCUUAGGGUGAUGUGCUUGAAAGGGAAUGUAACUGAGAGCUGUUUAAAGGGUUCCUAGACAGCUCUUUAGUGAGUAUUGUAAAAGUGCCUGAAUAUGAAGUAUGCAUUGUUUUCUGUCUUUGACUAGGAGAGUGCACCAUCCUGUAUCUACUGUACUGUGUCCAUGCCUUUUGUGAUGGUAAAUAGCACAUAUGUAUAGUAUAAGGAACAAGUAGAGGUUAAUUCCACUCUGAAAAGAAAAAAAUAAUAAUAAACAACGAUUUCUAACUUCACAGUUUGCAUGUUGGCACACCUUUGCACUCUAACCAAUUUAUAUAUAUAUAGUUAAAUUUUAUAUAUAAUAUAUAUAUUGCAUGAACUCUGAAGUUCAUUUGACUUUUAGCAUAUUAAAUAACCUGUCAAUAUCUGUGAAGAAUAUUUAUCAAACACUACUUAAAGAGAUGGUCCUGUCAGAUAAAUAAUUUUACUUUGUUUUAAUAUGUGUUUAAAAUUUAUAUCUGGGUCUUUUUAGUAAAACUAUAUACAAAAAUAUAUAAAAGGGCAGCCAAGUCAUUUAAAUGGUGUAUAUACUGUACAUUUAAUGUUUUUGUGAAACUUCUAAUGUGGAGUGUUGCAGGGUUUUUUUGAGACCUAAAAUACUAUAUAUGUGCCCUGUGCAUUUUCAAAGAAAAUCGCUGCAUACUGUUGUGAGGAACACAAGCAUGUGGAAAGAGAACUAUGAUGAUAUUGUAAAGUUUCAGAAAGAUUACUUCAAUCUGACUAGAUAAUAUGAAAGUGAUGAGGGGAGCACAGUUGAUUUCUUUUUGUAAUUUAAGGUAGCACAUUGUUUUUGUUAAGAAGAUGAAUUUGCAUCCUUCUCAUGUCUAGGAUAUACUGUAUGGUGGGAAUAUCAUUAGGAUAUAUGCUCAAACCCUUAGUAAACAUCUAAUGUACGUAUUCCAGUGUCUUUCUCUGAGGCCCUAGAUCAUACAGUUGAUUUUUAAAAACAAAAUAGUUAGAAUCACUGUAACAGAAUUUUAACUGUGGUAGUUGCUUGGUUUCUUCAAAAAGGGAGAUUCCUUUCUGUUUCUCACUGGGUUGGUGCUGAGGUACAUGUACUGUAUAUGUUAUAGGUUCUGGCCAGUCCUAUGUCCUUGGUAAAAGUGCAUCAACAUAAAUGAGACCAAAGUUUACAGAGCUAUUUUCUCUGAGGGCUAACUAAUAUUCCAAAAACUUGAUUAGUGCAAAAGACAGCCAGUUGACAAAUAAAAUGAAUAUGUUGUGUGUAAUGUCUGGUUUACAUCAAAUAGUAACAAAGUAUUCAAAUGAAUCUCAGGUAUAGUAAUGGUGUUUAUGACUUCUGCUUUGAAUUAGUGCAGUUCACUUUUAUUCACUGUCAAUGAAAACUGUCAACUAAUUAAAUGAAAUUGAGGGAUGUCAUGUUUUAAAAUGAUUCUUUAAGUAGCCUUCAUCUAUUAAAGACCACUCCUGAUGUAUUUUGUAACACACUAUAUUUUUCUCAUUCUAAAGUGGACAUUUUUUUACAGGAACAUGAAGGAUGGUACCUAGUAUAUUUAAAUGUUUUAACAUUGUGCCUGCAGUUGAAUGAACUCUAGAUAAAAAAAAAAACUUGAUUAAAUAUAAUUUUUUAAUAGAUUGUUUAACCCACAUAGUCUGUUGUUUAUUAAACUGAAAUCAGGUUAACACUAAAGAUAUAUUUUAAUGAAAUGUACAAUGUAAUUACAUUUAAAAUUUUAAAUAUAAAUAUGUACACCUAAACAUGGGAUGUGUUCUGUGCUUUGUGCUUUUAAAAGGGAAAAGCUGGUGAAAACACUGAAAUAAUAUGAAAUGUAAACCAUCCCACCAAUAUGUUGUUUUUCCAUACAGUCUGACUGCUGCUCUAGGAAUUCAGUUAUUUGUACUGUCUUAUUUAAAAUAAAAUUUGAACUAUGCAGUUGUCUAAAUGUUUCUUAUUGCAUAUAUGUUAGCUAUAUCUUUUGAAAACUGUGGAUAUGGAGGUGACAAAUGUGUUUGUUGAUUAACUCAUGUCUACAUCAAUAAGAUGUGCUAACAAGCACCGUGAAGCUUUAAAUCUUCUUGUAUACUUUGUGUAUGGUCUCGGGCAUAAGGACACAUGCAAUAACAUCGCCUUUUGAAAUGUGUACUGUGCAUGUGCAAUAGACAAUGCCAAUUCUAGAUUUUAAACAGGACCAUCGUUUUGUAGUUGCCCAUGAUUCCAGUUUCUCUUCAAGUUUUUUUCAUAAUUACUGCUAUAAUCCUGUGUAUAAAUAGAAAACAAAACUGUUCACAUAUGAUUUUUUGACUGCCUUACUACUUGUGAACAGUUUAACUUCAGAUUAUUCGGAGCGCUGUUGCAAAGCAGCCAAACUGUUCAUCUCUAUGUACAUCAUUCCAGCCUAGGGAAGUAUGUAAUCUUCUGUUCUUAAAGAGAAAGAAUCUAACGUUUUCAUAGGCCACUUUGAAACAUGAGCCGUCAAAUAGCUAUGAGUGAAGGUCAUGUUUAGGCAUCAAGUAAAUCGCUUCAAUUGAGUAAUUUGACUUGGCUUGAGUGAAAAACUGCAGCCUCUUUCCCUUAAUGACUACAGGUAGACCCUCCUGAAUUAGCAAGAUUUGCAGAAAAGCCUUAGAAACCUACCACCUGAGGAGAUAAGCCAUGUACAAAAUCUGCCAUUCUGAUAACACUGCUUUUCUUAUGUUUGUCAGAAAUGCUUAUCUUUUGUGAAUAUUAUUCCCUCUAGUAUUGUAAUAAUAAUAUUUUAGUUGAAUUUCAAAUUAGGUUAAACUAGUAAAUGCGAGAUCUCAAAAUCAAAGGUGUGAUUUAUUUUACAGGCUUCUAGCCAGGCACUAUUCGAGACAGACCUGGAUACUGAAGGACCCCCGCAGUUGACCCCAGAAGUGGCCUCAGAUCUGUUCCCCCACCCUGGAGACUGCACCUCCCCGUCUUACAGCAACAUUAAAGAUGUGGAUUAGACCAAUCAUCUCCUCCCUGGACUCUAUCUGUGAUUAUCCAGCCACAGUACUAGGAUUAAAACCUCAUUGCUUACUAAUUGAGUUGAAGGAACAGCAUUGGGUACCUACUGUUCCUAAAAAAAGGUGAUGAGAAAGCAUGUGCACACUGGUAGACUGACACAUGUACAGUACACCCCUUUUUCUACCAUUGAAUCCUGCCAGACAACUAUACAGCGGCACAAAGAUAAGACUUGUAUCCCAGUAAUAUUCUCUUGAUUGCACCAUGGACCUGCUCUGGGCACCAAAUGGAAUCGAAUGGAGAAAAAAAAAAUGUUUACAGCAUGUGUAGUUGACACUUGGCCUCUUCUGGUGCGUUUUUCAAGUGUACUGGACCUUCACUCUUCCCUCUUCCCCUUACAUGUGUGUGCCAGUUCUCUGAGAGCUGUGCCAGUUCACUAUGAACACAGUUAAAAAAAAAUCCUUGGGAGUGGUAUUUUUGUUGCAGUGUCUUUUAAAAUGUCCUCUGUGUUACAGGCGAUGUACAGGUUCAGUAAGUAAAGGUGCUGAAUAGUACAAACCAAAUUAGAGGCUGGGGUAGUAUGGUUGUUGAUAACGUUUCUGCUAGGCGAGAAAGAAGUGAUCAUUGUAAGACGUUGUAUGUUCUUCCUUGGCAAGAUGUGGCUGAUGGAGAUGUAAUUUCACAGAUUUCUCCUUUUUAAAACUCCCUUAAAGCAUAGCCCAGAGUUGGAGAUAUUUUGAACCAGGCUUUGACUUUUAUUGUUUCCCUUGUCCAGGCACUGAUGUUCACUUUGUAAAGCUCUUGGGCCAAUCCCUGUGGAUUCUCUUUUACUGAGCACUUUUAUGACUUUGAAAACACACGCAUGUUAACACACAGAAGCCCAGUUGUGGAAUUUAUCACAGUUUUUUUUCCAGUUAAAGAUUUCUAUUGCUAUGUUCUUUCAGUUGUGAGUGGAUAGUCUUGGUAUUUUGUUUAUUCUCGUUUUCUUGUAUUGUAACUGCAUAUACAAGUGGGAGGUGGGGUUGGGGAUUAUACGAAUGCUGCUGUGAAUAAAAGUAUAAAUCGUUAAUAUAAAUAAAUUCUUUUUGAGUCGCCGGGGAAAAAAAGAAUAUGUUUGUAUACACAACAAACUCUGAUUUAAAAGUAACUUUAAAUAAAGUUUCCUGGCAGACAGGG